AUGGCUCUGAGUCUGUUGUAUUUGAGCCAAACCCGAAGGAAAAACAAAGUCAAACGGCCGACCACCAUACUUCUUGACCUUACAGACUAUCAGACCAUACCUCCUCCAGAUUCUCCUCUCGUUGCCACCAAGAUGCACAUCUCACAGAAGCUGGCCCACAACCAGGCGGCCUCGAAGCCAUCCUUCUCCUUCGAGUUCUUCCCACCAAAAACCGCCCAAGGUGUUCAAAACCUCUACGACCGGAUGGACCGCAUGCACGACCUUGGUCCAGCUUUCAUAGACGUCACUUGGGGUGCUGGCGGCCGGCACUCUCAAUUAACCUGCGAGAUGGUCAACGCUGCACAGACAAGAUACGGCCUGGAGACAUGUAUGCACUUGACCUGCACAGACAUGGAGAAAGAGAAGCUCGACGGAGCCCUGGAACUGGCAUACCGGGCUGGUUGCAAGAACAUACUCGCCCUACGAGGGGAUCCUCCACGAGACGCUGAAAAGUGGGAAGCUAAGAGUUUGGAAUUCCGUUAUGCAAUAGACUUGGUGAAAUAUAUCAAGAAGAACUACGGCGAUCACUUCGAUAUUGGCGUGGCUGGUUAUCCGGAAGGUUGCGAGGACGACACUGACCCAGAGCUGCUGAUGGACCAUCUGAAGCAAAAGGUUGACGCAGGCGGCACCUUCAUCGUGACGCAGAUGUUCUAUGAUGCUGAUAACUUCCUCAACUGGGUCGGCAAAUGCAGAGACAAAGGUAUCAAAGUGCCGAUUAUACCUGGAAUCAUGCCAAUUUCGACCUAUGCAGCUUUUGAACGACGUGUCAAGUGGGUAAAUUGUCAAAUACCUCAAGUCUGGUUUGACAAACUCGAUCCUGUCAAAAACGACGAUAGUGCGGUCCGGGAUGUCGGGAAAGACCUAGUGGUGGAGAUGUGCAGAAAGCUUCUAGAUGCUGGCAUUCUGCACCUGCACUUCUACACUAUGAAUCUUGCUCAAGCAACGCAAAGAAUCCUUGAUGACCUGAACCUCACGCCUGAAGUCACAGGCACACCACUUGAGAAGCCCUUGCCUUGGCGGCAAUCUCUUGGCAAGAAUAGGCGAGAGGAGACCGUCCGACCUAUCUUCUGGCGCAACAGAAACGUCAGCUAUAUUGCACGAACUGCUGAGUGGGACGAGUUUCCAAACGGCCGAUGGGGUGAUUCUCGUUCUCCUGCAUUUGGUGAGCUCGAUGCUUACGGUGUUGGCUUGAAAGGGACAAACGAUGCCAACAUGAAAUUAUGGGGACGACCAAAGUCCCUGCGUGAUGUUACGAGUCUCUUCACAACCUAUCUACAGGGUGGUCUUGACCGUCUUCCAUGGUGUGAGGGCAAGAUCUCAUCUGAAGCUGACAGCCUCAAGGAUCAUUUGCUAGACAUCAAUCGCCGCGGGUUGCUAAGUAUCAAUUCGCAGCCUGCGGUCAACGGCUUUCCUUCGAACCAUCCUGUGCAUGGUUGGGGUCCUAAGGGAGGAUAUGUGUACCAGAAAGCAUAUCUCGAACUCCUCGUGUUUCCCAGUGUAAUCGACAAGGUUCUGGAACGGUUAGAAGCCAACCCAAACCUGACAUAUUACGCAGUCAACAGGGAAGGGACUCUGAAGACGAACACCAAGGACGAAGGACCAAAUGCCGUGACUUGGGGUAUCUUUCCCAACCGUGAAGUAGUGCAGCCUACUAUAGUCGAAACAGUCUCGUUCUUAGCCUGGAAGGACGAAGCUUUUAGGCUAGGAGAAGAUUGGAGCAAGUGCUACCCAGCAGGAUCUGGUACGAGACGCUUGAUCUCCAGAAUCAUGGACGAGUGUUAUCUCAUGAACAUCGUGGACAACGACUUCCACAAGACCAACGAGAUCUUCAAGGUAUUCGAAGGUCUCGAGGUCAGCGACAUCGAUCUAGUAUUCGAAGACGAACUCGCGAACGUGAAUGGCCAUAUAGAGCCAAAUGGGGAACUGAGCAAGGACGAUGGAGCACGAGACAUAGUCAACGGAGACACGAAGAUGGACAACUUGAGCUUGACAAAUGGAGAGCAAAACAAGAUGCCAGUCCAAACAGCAGGCGAAGCACUGAAAGUCAAUGGCAUAAAUGGUUCGGCGCACUGA